GCGAUUAAAACAAAUACACCUCCACAACACAACAGGGAAGAAGAGAAAGAUCGCCUUGAUUAUUUACUGUUUUCUAGCCAUUCAUUCCACUAUUUCGUCGCCUCUUUGUUACAUAAAGACGUCGGAGAGCUUGAUGAACCAUUGUUAGGUUUUCAGCUUUAUGCAGUUAUGACUGAAGUAGAACCACAGUACCCAGAUGAAGUUCCCUUGCCUGACUGGGCCAAACCAAAAGACUCAAAUAUACCACCAACCAAGGCUAAGUCAGUUAUCGAAUCCAUCAAGAAGACAGCUUUCAUUGUCGGCACUGCACUUAUUUGUUUCGCUGCUGCAAGGAACACAAUAACAUGGCAUUUUGAAAAACUCUGGGGAGCCUCAGGAGAAUUUUGGCAAAGCAACUGGAAAAUCAUCCUCUCGAUUUUUGGUGGAAAUGACUUUAUGUUAUUCACAGUUGGUACAUUUGUGGUAACAUUUGUGGUUUUUUGGGUCAUAAAUUGUUGUUUGUUGUACAUUGAUCUGACUGGCAAACCCAAGUGGGCCUUGAAGUACAAGAUCCAAGAUGGCCAAAACCAGCCCCUUGAGAAAUCGAAGCUAAUGCGGGCCAUCAAGGGUGUGUUAUUCAACCAAUUUCUUGGGUUUCUUCUGACCAUUGUCAUGUAUCCUGUUUACCUGUGGCGUGGAGGAUCAUUUGGUUGUGAGCUGCCAUCAUUCCAGUGGGUCUUGUUUGAAUUGCUGGUGUUCAUUCUUGUGGAGGAAGUUGGCUUUUACUAUUCCCACAGGCUUUUCCAUCACCCCAAACUUUACAAAUACUUCCACAAGAAGCACCAUGAGUGGACAGCUCCCAUCGGCAUUGUCUCCAUCUACGCACACCCCUUGGAACACAUAAUCUCGAACCUCACUCCCAUUUUGAUGGGUCCAAUGAUAAUGGGAUCUCAUAUAGCAACCACCUGGAUGUGGUUCUGUCUGGCUAUUACGUCAACCAACAUCUCUCAUAGUGGAUAUCACUUCCCAUUUCUGCCUUCCCCUGAAGCCCACGACUUUCACCAUCUCAAGUUUAACCAGAAUUAUGGUGUACUUGGAGUUCUGGACAGACUUCAUGGUACCGAUAUCUUGUUCAGGAACUCUGUCUGUUAUGACAGGCAUAUUCUCAUGAUUGGAAUUCAACCUGUUAAAGACGUUUUCCCUAGCUGUCCAAAAGAAGGAUGUAAAAAGUCUGAAUAAAAUGAGAAAAUUUUAAAAUGUAGGCUACUCACUGUA